AGUUUUUUUGAUAUUUUAUUAUUCCCGAUUUAUUUACGAAAUUUGAGAUUUUUUGGACUUUGGGCAGACUCUGUUAGUCCGAGUGAGGCAAAGACCCUCAACUUUUAACACAUCCCAAAAACUUGUUAAAAAAUAUUACAAAGUUUUUUAAAAGAUGAUUUUAUAAUUGAGCAAAGAAAGAGCGAGAUAACAGGGAAUUUCUCAAAUUAGAAAUUAUUUUUAAAUGAGGAUUCUAAAAUAAGGAGUUGAGGGCUUGUCGAAAAUUGUCGAAAAUUAUUACGACUUUGUCGAGAAGACUAGAUAUUUUGAGAAAGAAAAGUAUUUGGUCUUCAUUUUUUGAAAAGUUUCAUAACUUGCGAAAUUUCUGUAAAGAAAUUAGUGUAAGUUUUUGAGCGAAAAGAAUCCAAAUUUUUAAAUCUGAAAGGUUUUGUGAAAUAAUACGUUGGGAUUGUUGCAGAAAUAAGAAAACAUCAGCCGUUUUAUCGACCCUGCAAGUGGAAUAUCUUCCUCUUGUUCCUGUUUUUAUUUUGCUUAUCGCCACUUCGUCGCGCAGGUCGCGUCCAUCCCAUCUUUCACUACGGAGGGUGGGAGUAGUAUGCGCUACCCGGGCUCUGAGGGCGAGGGGACCUCCUCCUCCAACAAUGGGGGUCAGACCAACAACAAGGACGGUGGCGAUUCUUCCAAACCGAAAUACUCCAUUCCCGGCAUUCUACACUUUAUCCAGCAUGAAUGGGCCAGAUUUGAAACCGAGCGAGCCUCCUGGGAACUAGAACGCGCCGAGUUAUCGGCACGAAUCGCAUUUCUUCAGGGGGAGCGUAAGGGACAAGAAAAUCUAAAGAAUGAUCUCGUCAGACGGAUCAAAAUGUUGGAAUACGCCCUAAAACAGGAGAGGGCAAAGUUCCACAAACUAAAAUUUGGCUCGGAUCCAUCCACUGGUGGUGAAGCGACCAAAGCCACCGAAUUGGAACCAGACCCACCCGAAUUACAAUCCGCGAUUGGUACCGAUGAACCAAUUACUUCUCAAGUCUCGUGGCGACAAGGGAGACAGCUAUUGCGCCAAUAUUUACAAGAAAUUGGAUAUACGGACACAAUUAUUGAUGUAAGAUCGAACCGGGUGCGAUCUCUGUUGGGUUUGGAGGGUGGAGAGCAAGGGCCACAACAGGAAAAUGGGGGCGAAGGCAGUGGUGGGUUUACAACGAGGGAAAAGAGGAGGGAUCACGACUUGAGUGGGAGAAGGUUGUCACAACCCCCACAGAAAAAGAGCCUCGCCGAGGCAAUGAUGUUGGAGGCGGAGAGCGCCGUGAUGGCGAAUUUCGACUUCCUCUCUGGCGGGAUGGAUGUCGAUGACGAUGACGACAUGGGCGAUGAUUUAGAUGAUGUUGAUGAGGAUAGUGCGCCGGCAAAGGGUGGUGGCAAGAGAAAGGGGAGAGGGGGACUUGGGGAUGAAGUUGAUGCUGAAACAGAAGAAGUUUUAAACGAGUUCAGUUUCCUCGGAUCGGAAGAAGUGGGCGUUGGGGGUGAAAAGAGUGAAGACUGGAGUUACUCGGGUGGCGUUGGACGAGGUGGGACGGAUGACGUCAGUUUAGGCGAGCUGGCCCAGUUGACGGUUAAUAAUGAUGCAGAUGUUAGCAUGGAUGUCACACUGGACAAGGAAGCAUUUAGAAAAACAUGGAUGGCAAAAUAUUCGCUGAGAAGUCAUUUCGAUUCUGUUCGUGCUCUUGCUUUCCACCCCGUUGAACCCGUUCUUGUAACAGCUUCCGAGGAUCAUACCCUCAAAAUGUGGAACUUGCAAAAGACAGUGUCCGCCAAAAAGAAUGCAUCACUUGACGUCGAACCAUUAUACACGUUCCGACAACAUAAAGCUGCCGUUUUAACGCUGGUCAUGUCUCCCAGUGGGGAGCACGUCUAUUCGGGCAGUGUGGAUGGGACAAUUAACAUGUGGACGUUACCAAGUUCUAAUAUUGAUCCAUACGAUAAUUUUGACCCAACCGUUUUGAAGCGAAGUUUUACAGAUCACACCGAUUCUGUGCAUGGAUUAAGUCUACAUUCUCAAAAAUCUCAACUACUCUCUGGUUCUGCGGAUGGCAGCGUUAAGCUUUGGGACGUUACCGCAAAGACGCCAUUGUUACAGAGUUACACGUCAGACUCUGACGGAAUUCCCACCGCAAUGGACUUUGUCCGCGACGAACCAUCCCACAUGGCCGUUGCUUAUAACGCACAAGCCGUAAUUUAUGACUUGGAGACGAAGAAGCAGCUAAUUCGCUUUGAAUGUGAAGGAGUCGGUGGGAUUAACAGGAUCAUCUGUCAUCCAACACUCGCCCUAACAAUUACAGCACAUGAAGAUAGACAGAUCCGAUUUUGGGAUAAUUCCACUGGGAAAAUGCUACACGCCAUGGUCGCCCAUUUAGAUGCUGUCACGUCGCUAGCAUUAGAUCCUCACGGGUUGUAUCUUCUAUCAGGAAGUCACGAUUGCAGUGUUCGUGUUUGGAACGUCGAGUCGAAACAAUGUCUCCAAGAAAUGACAGCGCAUCGCAAGAAAUUUGAUGAAGCUAUACACGAUGUUUCUUUCCAUCCUUCAAAACCAUUUAUCGCAUCGGCUGGAGCGGACGGUUUAGCAAAAGUUUACGUUUAAUGAAUACUUUAACCAAUUAGGAAAUUGAAAUAAUGCAACUUUUUUGUGUGUGGUUUGGAUUGUUUAGCCAUUUAAUUUUAAUAAGUUUUAAACAAUUUUAUCAAUUCAAUCCCAUAUACAUAACUUCUUUUUUUAUAAAGAAUUAUGCGAAACAUACCUCAAACAACUGACUCACCAGACGUAUACAUCACCUUAUUAAUUUUGUGCUAAUUAAUUACCAUAAUAUGAUUUUGCUGUCCAGUUUGCAUGUGUUUUUUUAAGAUUAUCCCGUUGGGGUAGGAAUUUAACUUGUAAAAAAAUAGUAAUAACAAAAAUGAGUAGUCUGAAACUUAAAACUGGGAUUUCUUUCGAAAAAUUAAUUGAAUUCUUCGUUUCACGAAAAUAUGCAGGAGAGAGAUAACUAUGUAGGUUUGACCUUAUCAACCAACCAAUCAAACCAUGAGUAAAUCCAGCUCAUUCUUAGACUUGUAGGGAGAGAGAGAGACGCUUCCAAAAUUGACGUUUAAUAAGAGAAGCAAAAAAAGCUAUGCAGUUAAAUCUAGUAAAAUAAUUGUCGAACAAACAAAUAGCAAAACUAUAAAUGAAUUAAAAUUAGAUAGACAGCGCUUACAAACAAAAGAAGUAGAUUCUCGGAUGCAACUAGAUCAUUAAUUAAUUGUGCAAAUAAUAAGUGACCACCGCCGCAAUUACUUCCAUAUAUACCGACCGCUGACAAACUAAAUAAAUACCCCAAUAUAUUUAAAUGCCUCUGCCUUUAUAUGUAUCAACAUAUUCUCGUAGUGUCGCUCCUGCUGAUAUUAACUAAUUAAUAAUUGUAUACAGUUUAAGAACCAUUAUUUAUGCACACAAUAACUUGAUAACUUGUUUUACGAAAAAAAAUAUGUAUACAUUUUUGGAAAAUCUUGACUUGCUUGGCUUUUCUCUCUCACUCUCCUCAAUCACUCACUCACUCACUAUUUCUUAUAAUGUAUGAAGAAGAGUCAUUUUAAGGUGAUUAUAUGUAAAUUACUUAAUUGGUCCAAUCCUCCACUCCACUCCUCCGGUUUAAAUAGUCGUUAUUUAAAAAAAAGAAUAGUCCUUAACAAGCUCCGAAGAAGAAGAUAUCACGAAUUUACUUACCUACUAAUCGUAAGUAAGCUGUUUAACAAGAAUAAUAUGCAAAACAUAGAUAACCCUGCCGAAUAAUAUGUACGAUAACCUCCUCCAAGGAAAAAGAUGUAUUAUGAUGAGUUAUUUAUGCAUUCGUGACUCUCUUUUUCCUCGAAAUAUAAUGAAUUCUCUAGUGACAAAAACAAUGCGUGUAAAUAAAUACAUAUUAUUUAAUUGAUAAUUUGGUCUUUGUAAAGGUUGUCUAAAAACUGAGUUAUGUAUGUAGCGAUAUUAUUGGUUAUUAUUAUGUGUAUAGCUGAAAAGAUAUGAGGGAAGCGUGUAAGUAUAAGGAAUCCAGCAUAAUAAGUACAUGUAUACAUAAUUAUUAUUAAGUAAUCCAUUAAUAAAUAUGUGAUGAUGAGAUGACUUCCCGAAUAAAUACUGAAAAAAUCGGA